AGAACUUACUUGAGAUUUUUUCUUUUUCAGAUAUUUCAUAAAAUGUCUAAUGGUUAUGAAGAUCACAUGGCUGAAGAUUGCAGGGAUGAUAUUGGUAGAACAAACUUAAUUGUGAACUACCUCCCUCAGAACAUGACGCAGGAUGAGUUACGGAGUCUAUUUAGCAGUAUUGGCGAAGUUGAAUCUGCAAAACUUAUUCGGGACAAAGUUGCAGGACACAGCUUAGGCUAUGGCUUUGUGAACUACGUGACUGCAAAAGAUGCUGAAAGAGCAAUAAACACACUGAAUGGCCUGAGACUUCAGUCAAAAACUAUCAAGGUUUCUUAUGCUCGUCCAAGUUCUGAAGUUAUCAAAGAUGCUAACUUGUACAUUAGUGGACUUCCGAGGUCAAUGACACAAAAAGAUGUAGAAGAUAUGUUUUCACGGUUUGGACGCAUCAUCAACUCGCGUGUACUUGUGGAUCAAACCACAGGUUUGUCCAGAGGGGUUGCAUUUAUCCGGUUUGACAAAAGGUCAGAAGCAGAAGAGGCAAUUACAAAUUUCAAUGGUCACAAACCCCCGGGUUCUUCUGAACCCAUUACAGUGAAGUUUGCAGCCAAUCCUAACCAGAACAAAAACGUGGCACUGUUAUCACAACUAUAUCAUUCAUCAGCUAGACGAUUUGGAGGGCCAGUUCAUCACCAAGCACAAAGAUUCAGGUUCUCUCCUAUGGGUGUAGAUCACAUGAGUGGGCUUUCUGGUGUAAAUGUUCCAGGAAACGCAUCUUCUGGCUGGUGUAUCUUCAUCUACAACCUUGGUCAAGAUGCUGAUGAGGGAAUCCUUUGGCAGAUGUUUGGCCCCUUUGGUGCGGUUACCAAUGUGAAAGUUAUUCGAGAUUUCAACACCAACAAGUGCAAAGGUUUUGGUUUUGUGACCAUGACAAACUAUGAAGAAGCUGCAAUGGCCAUAGCAAGUCUUAAUGGCUACCGCCUGGGGGACAAAAUCUUACAGGUUUCCUUCAAAACCAACAAGUCCCACAAAUAACUUGCUCGUGCUUUUUGUAUGGAAUAGAUAAUUGAGUGACAGAAGUUGAAACAUUUUUGUUAGUGUAAAACUCAUUUUGCGCCAAUUUUCACAAGUGUUUGUCUUAGUCUAAAUGAGAAGUGAAAAAGGUUUUUAUACUCUGGGAUGCAACUGACAUGUUCAAAUGUUUGAAAUCCCACAAUGUUAGACCAAUUUUAAGUUCCUUAAGUUAUUUCAUU